AUGCGAACUCCAGCAAUCCGCACAUUCGCUCCUAUCGGUACCCGCAUCGGUAUCCAACUCCCUUCCGCCGUCCGCCUUCACUCCACCUUCACGCGUAAUCGUAGGCGUGUAACCCCUGGAGUCAAAGCCUUCAAAUUGGCACCGACAAUCCCAUUUUUUGGCGCGUUCUUCGGUUCUAAAGGCGGCGAAGGCAUACCUAGGGAGAUGUCUUAUCCUGACCAGCGAAGUGAUGACCAGUGGAAAGCUGUUCUUAGCCCAGAACAAUUUCGUAUACUCCGUGAAAAGGGCACAGAACGUGCCGGAACUGGUGAAUACGAUUCCCACUACCCAUCGCAGGGUGUAUAUAACUGUGCGGGGUGCGAUGCUCCUCUGUAUAAAGCGGACCACAAGUUCAAGUCUGGGUGUGGAUGGCCUGCGUACUUUGACUCGGUUCCGGGAGCAGUGAAGAGGCAUGUGGAUAACACCUUUGGCAUGAAGCGGACUGAGAUUGUCUGCAGCAACUGCGGAGGCCAUCUCGGGCAUGUUUUCGAAGGAGAAGGGUACCCAACGCCCACAGAUGAGAGACAUUGUGUGAACAGUAUCAGCCUGCGAUUUAGCGAUGAUGAUAGCACGGUAUCAAAGGAGUCAAGUGAAAAGGCCAAGAUUAUGUCUCGACGAGCUACGCCGGGCCAGGCUGCCCAGAAUCAGCAGAUUAUCAAAAGUCUGCUGAAACUCGAGCCUAACAAGAUUUGUGCGGAUUGUAAACGCAAUAAGCACCCGCGAUGGGCAUCAUGGAAUCUGGGUAUUUUCAUCUGCAUUCGCUGUUCCGGUAUCCAUCGAGGAAUGGGUACCCACAUCAGUCGGGUCAAGUCCGUUGAUCUGGAUGCCUGGACCGACGAGCAACUCCAGAGCGUUCUGAGAUGGGGCAAUGGAAGAGCCAACAAGUACUGGGAGGAUAAGCUGGCACCCGGCCACGUCCCCUCCGAAGCGAAGAUCGAGAACUUUAUCCGCACCAAAUACGAGGCAAAACGCUGGGUCAUGGAUGGGGGCAUGCCGGAUCCCUCGACUCUGGGUGGUGAUGACGAUGUGCCUCUUGCUGUCGUGAAGGAAAGGGCUACUAUCGAGCGAUCUGUUUCUCAACGAGUCGCUGCCCCAAGCCAACCUCCAGUACAACGCCAACCAGCAAUCGAUCUCUUUGGUGAUGACGAUAUGAUCUCUGCCCCGCCUCGCCCAAGCACCACUGAACCAACUCCGCGCGCUCCUCCCAGACAAGCACAACCUGUUCAAGCGAAGGUCCAGAAGCCUGGCGAUUCAUUGCUAGGUCUCGAUUUCUUCGGCAGUGCCCAACCGCCUGCCGGAAGUCGUCCAACUAGCACCGCAUCUACACCUGCGGCACCAAGUGGCAUGUCUCGUCCAGAUCUCAAGCAAUCCAUCUUGUCGUUAUACUCAAAGCCUCAACCAGCUCCUAUCCAGCAUGAGCGAAACAGCUCCUUUGGCGAUAUGGCCUCACCGCAGCCCCCUGCUAUAUCCUCAAACAUGGGCGGUCUAACCGACGCUUUCAGCGGCCUGAGCUUCCCCGCUACUACUUCCCCUCCACCAGCUAAGCCGGCAGAAAAGCCGUCUCCAUUUGCUGGCCUUACCAACUUCUCAAACAUGAAAUCGACACCUGCUGCGCCGAAGGUUACCUCGCCUGUUGGCUCCGCCAGCGGUGAUCUUUUCGGUAGUUUGACCUCUCCUACAUUGUCUGCUACCAAGCCCCAGUCACGGAACACAUCAAUCUCGAGUAGCCAGGAUUUCGGUUUCGGAGGCUUCUCUUCUCCCGCCUCUGCCUCUGCAAAGCCCAACCCGCCACCUUCGUCCCUCUCCAAUGACUUGUUCGGUCUGUCUUCGCCACCCCCUGCGCUUGCAGCACCCGCAGCACCCGCAGCACCCGCAGCACCGCCCAAGCCUGCCGCAGUUUCGCCUCAGCAAGAAAUGAACUCCGCAUUCAAUCUCUCGAGCCUUCCUAUUCAACCAUCACUGCCACCCAAACCAGCUGUGCCGGUUGCCACUGCCGCCGCCGCCGGGAUCAUGUCGUCUAGCAUGGAUGCUUGGGGAGGAAAUGCUUGGAGUACUCCGGAACCUGCACCGGAGCCGAGGCCCGCACCUCCCACCCAGACCAGUUCUACAAUGAAGGUGCCCGAUACCCUGACUGCCAAUGAUUUUGGCAGUGCGGAUGAGGACUUCGGUGGCUGGACCAGCGCUGCUCCUGUCGCUUCAGGAACUACAAGCACAACCAACUCCACCAAGCCGGCAGGCGGGUUUGGCGGAUCGGACGACCUUUUCUCCAACGUUUGGGAGUAA